CCCAGAAGACCCAGAGGAGUUUUUUCUCAUCGAAGUUUAGGUCUAGAGAAAUCCUUAGGAUGAGAGGGAUACGGGGCAGGAAAAGGGAGAAACCUGAUUUCAGCAUGGGGGCAAAGGUAAGGGCAAAGCCUGAACUAAGAAGAGGCAGAUAAAUAUUUGUGAAUGUUAUGUCCUUCACUGUUUUCAGAGGGGUCAACUGUUUUGUCUCAGGUAAAGAGAAGGUCAGAUCUAGAAAGCAGUCAUUCAGAUCAGAGAAGCACAGAGGCAAAGGACAUGUUCAGACCAUCUCAUUCCUCUGGCUUCUUUUUUUACCAGGAGCAGGUGAGUAUCUCCCACAGCCUAUAAGGUUUGAUGUCCAGCGUGAUUGAAAUUUCCAAGGGCUAAGACACUUCCAAGCUCUGACCAGUCCUGGUGUCUCUUCAUCCCAAACCUUUCCCCACUUCCCAAUCUGAGCAUUGCUUCUUUCCAGCAGGGCUGUUCUGCUGACCCAAUGAUCCAGGCUGUGCUGCUCCUUUGCUGUGUCUUGCUGUCCCAAGGGGCUGCCUUUCCAAGAAAUGCCCAGGAAGGGGCCCUGAACUUCCAGCCAUCUUUCACAGAAACGGCUCCUCUGAAUGUGCUCUCCAACCAGAUCCCUCUCCCAGAUCCCCAUACUUGCCGGGAUCUCUUGCACACAGUCCCCUCCUUAGCCCUUCUCUCUGAGUACCUAUCCAACUUAGCUCUGGAGGCGGCCCUGGAGGAGGUUGGUUGCACAACCAAGGCCCACAUUCUGCAGCUUCAGCUUGUUAAGAUGGGAGGAAAGGAUACCACUGAAACCCUCAUCCAUGAGAGCAAAAAGCACAACAAUAAGGAAGAAGAGAUUGGUAAUGCUAAGGUCAUUCUGAAGGAUCUGGGAGGAUCCUUAGGGGAGCUUAGGCGGGUACAGCGUGUUACCCUUCCUGAGGCAUGUAGGCAGGAACAUAAGUGGGUGCUCUACGAGACAGCGCAACUGAUAGUUGAAUUUGCUGAGAAGCUCCCUUCCACAGAGCUGGUAACAGAGUUAAAGAUUUCUGUCAUUAGUGUCACCCAGAAGUGCACGGAUAAAUCUUGGGAGCAUUUGGAAGGAGUAGGCAAACGGCUGAUGGAAAGCCCUGAGAUUAAAGACUUCACAAUGCCUAUGGAAGAUCAGAUAUACUUUGUCAAACAUUCCACAACUAUUCUGAUGUGCCUUAUACUGGGACUAAUACAAAAACAUUUCCAGACAUUUUUUGGAUAGGGAAGGCCUCCGAGGAAUCCCAUCUCCUGUCUCAAAUGUCUCUGAUAGGACUGUGUACAAGGACUGUGCACAACAGGUAGUUAGAAAUGUUGAGACAGCUUAGGGCAGAAGUGUGCUAUUCAUUUGAUCCCAAUGCUGAAAGACAUGUGACCAGAGUCAGCUUUGCCCCCUCUCUUAAUAGGUCCUAGCCCCUAUUUUUUUCUCCCAAUUUCUCUUUAUUUCAGUUAAAAGAUACUGUGGUUAUAUUAUGUACUAGACAUGAAGGAUAUUGUAAUCUUUCCCCGUUCAUCUACCUUUUACUUUCUAAUUCCCCAACUGGAUGCUAUAGCUUGCUUGUG